AUGCUUAACAAUACCGCCAAAGCGGAAAUCGAUAUAAUUUUCUUUAAUCGUUUGGAAAAAGUGGGCAGCCAAUCGAUGAGCCAACUCUUGCGAACUUUAUCGCGAAUUCAUAAAUUCACAUAUAAUAUAAAAGUUCGCAAUGUGGGACAAAUUUUGGAUACGAUUGAGGAGCAGCGAGAUUUAGCUGAAGAAAUUUUGGACUACGGUAUACCGAAUGCUUUUACGAUGCAUAGAAAUUUUAUAAAUUUCACUGAUUUGGAUCUACCGAAACCCAUAUACAUUAAUCUGGUGCGCCAUCCAAUUGAAAAGGUCAAAAGUGCUUACUAUUAUUUGCGGCAUCCGUUCAUUUACAACAAUAUGUUGUUAAGAAAUCCGUCAAAGCCGACAAAAAAGUACGAAUUUUUCAAUUUAUCUUUCAACGAUUGUGUGCGUGAGGGUAAAAUACCCGAUUGCAUAUUUGAACCGCAUACGCAAUUUAAUAGUGAUUGGCGUCGUUUUGCGAUGCAUUUUUGUGGAAAUCAACCGGUUUGCAAGUAUCUCUAUACAUUGUAUCCAGAUCUAUUGAAUAAUACCAAAAAAGCCGAGAUCGAUAUUCUUUUCUUUAAUCGCCUCGAGAAAGUAGGCUCACAGUCAUUGUCUGUACUUUUGAAUACGCUAUCGAAGGAAAAUAAUUUUGUACCAUAUCGUAAUUCCGCGGCCGCACAGUUUCAUCCAAAUUUAGUAGAUGUUGAGAAUCAACGACAAACUGUUGAAGAAUUAAUUGGAGAGAAUGUAGCACUUUCAUAUGUAGAACAUAUGAAUUGGAUCAAUUUCACCGAAUUCGGUCAACCAAAACCGAUCUAUAUAAAUCUGGUGCGUCAUCCUAUCGAAAAGGUUGUAAGCGCUUACUAUUACAUACGCCAUCCGGCCGUUUUUGCCUAUUAUGUUCAAAAUGGACAUCCAAUGGAAGACAAGGCAUAUUUCGAUACAAAUUUUAAUGAUUGCGUUAGAGAGAAGCGCAAAGAAUGCACCUUCGAUUCACAUAAUCCCUAUAAUGCGGAUUGGCGAAGAUUUGCAAUGCAUUUUUGCGGAAAUUUCGAAAUAUGCGA